AUGGUCGACCUGCCGCAGCAGCGCCAGCACCCCGUCCGCCCCGGCUCGAGCAAGGAGGCCAACCUGCUUGCCUGGGUCGAGGCCGCGGUCUUGCGCAUCAACCGGCGCCAUGCAAAGAAGUUCUCUGGGAUGCAGACCAACCCAGUCAGGGAACAAGAGAUAGCAGCAGACGACAAUGACAACGAUAGUGAGAAUGUGCCGGGCUACGAGUCCUUUGGCGAAGUGGCGGCCGACAUCGAGCGCGUCCUCGACGUCCUCUGGGUCAGCAACACCCAAGCAAGCAUCCAAGUGCCGUACAUGAUCACGCUGGCAGGCCUGGUCGACAGCUACCUGCGCGACUUCAGCUGGCAGGCCCGGUGCACCUUUGCGCUGCUGGACAAGCUGGACGCGAUGCUGGCAGCUCUCCUGGCCGCCGACGAGCGCGAGGGCGAGGGCGGGCGGAAGCGGGUGAGCCUGACGGAGCGUGUUAGGGUCAAGAGCCUGGCCGAGGGGACGCGGGUGACCGUCUUUGACGUCAGAGACGAGGCAGCAGAAGCCGACGAGGACGACGACGACGAUGGCGAUGAUGCAGAGGACUUUGGCGACGAGGAGCAGGCAGUCGGCCGCUGGGCGAUGGCGGCUGCGCGAGUCUACGAGAGGUCGCUGUCUCGUCUGUAG